CGUUCAUCGAUUGCAAAAAAGAGGUCAUGGCUACUAAAGAGGAGCACGAUGGCUCGGCAGCAAAAGAGUCAGCCGAUGUCUUUGUCGAUCCGAACCAGAUCCACCAUGUCAUGCAAUUGCGCGAUUGGUCCGUCUUGGUCAAAGCGCUUUCUAUUCUUCGUACGCAACUCAUUGCGGCUGUCAAAGUGCGUGUGGAUCCAACUAUACCGACGACCCGCGUUCUUGUGGAAUAUGUUCAAAGUUGCAACGAUCCGUCUGAACUCGUCGAACUUUGGGAUUAUCAGAAUUCGGCCAACAUCCAAAAUCUGGAAUGUCUCGUGCCAGACGUGAUCAGCUUAUUCAUUCGACUCUGCGAUACGCCCAUUCUGCGUCCAUUCGGUCUUGAACUGUGUCAAACUAUCAUGCAGCGUCGUAUUCAUUACAUUUACCGUGGAUUGUCCGCGACCAGUAUCGCCAAAUGCCAGUCCAUGUUCCGCAUCCUUGUCGCCAUUGCCUCAUUCUCGCAAACCACGACCAGAGAAUUAUUCCAAAUGUUCAAUUUUCAAACCGAGGGUUUUCUGAGAGCAUCGCGAUAUCGACAAAGCAAAAAUAGCAAGAACCCUAAUCGGUUCCUCUAUGAUUUGAGAACAUCCUUUGUAAAGUUUGUGCUUGCUUUUUUCAUUCACGGGGAUGCUGAGAUCAAGCGACAAGUGUUGAGCAUCAAAGGGUUUGCCCAUGGCGUAUUCAUGCACAUUCACGAAGAUGCUUACCAGUUGAUUGAGGAAAUUCUGUCGGUCACUUACGAACACUUGAUCAUGGAUUCUCUGGUGCCUCGCAGUGCCAAAGCUUUCUUCUUUUCGCCAUAUAUUUUGGAAAAGAUGGCCAAGAUCUAUGCCCGUGGUGAAACGGAAUCCAUUGGGGGGAACGAAACAGGUGUGCCCGCCGAUUUGGUGCACCAUUUUCUCAUUUCUAUAUGCAGCGUUCCUGGUGUUGGCGUCUGUUUCCCCGACGCCGGUUGGUAUCCGGCCACCGCUUUGGCAGAAGAAGAAACCAAAUCCGAUAAACUCCACAAUCGUGUCCUCGCCAAAUUCAUUCCUUCGCUCAAACCUACCGAUGAUAUGCGCCAACAGGAACUACUCGUCAAAAUUCUCGCCGCUUGUCCCGAACUCGUGCAAGGCUAUUGGCAAAAGACGUUCCUCACAUACGAACCUCGUCUCAGUACGAAAUGGCUUGCCAAUGUCACGCUAUUGCAGAAAAUCACUCAUUUACCGGUCCCUCCCUUGUAUUAUGGCAACGACAAUACAUAUCCUUCGGAGCCGCCGGAAGCAGAAACGAUUCUUGAUAACAUCUUGCCUAACGUGUUUGGUCGUUCGUUGAGCACCAAGGGGUUGCAACAUGCCAGUGCUCUCGUACGGUAUACCACGCUCAUUGGCAUUUCCGUGUCGUUUCAAAAAUACGGUAAAGUAGCGGAAGCGAUGCGCCAUGUGAUCAGUGUGUUGGAGAAAUCCCAAGAAUACCCUGGCACGAACGAAGCCAAACUACGCCAAUCCAUCACAGCCUGGCGUCGCUGUCUCGAGAAUGUGCGUGAAGGUUUACGUCGUCGUGUACCUGAAAUCCAGAUCCUCAAUGCGAUUUACAACCAAGUCACCAAUAAACGCGAUUCGGCGACUCAGCAACAACAACAACAGCAGGAUGACGCGGAAAUCGUCGCUCAGUAUCAAAUGCUCGAGGACGCAGCCUUCCGACUGAUUCGCUAUUAUCAAGCCCAUCUCCCCGAGAUCAUCAUGGAAUCCAAUAUUGAUCCGACCCAUUUCAUUCCGGUGGAUCUCCUUUCCAUUCGACCGGGAUCUCUCAUUCAUUUGUUGGAAUUCUUAUUGGAUUUGCCCGAUUUUCAAUGGAGUAGCAAAGCCGACAAGACAUCUUUUACGCAUAUUACGACCUUACUCACAUUGUACUUACAGACGCCGUAUAAGCAUAUCCGCGAUUUGACGGGCCGAUUAAUCAAUCAGACAUUGGCCGAUUCGUUCUUGUUCCGUCACGAUGCGGAAGAAAUCGAUCUAUGGUUGGCAGCACUGCCACAGAAUUUCGUCCACCAUCGCCACGCACAGAGCCUAUCCAUGACCGAACAGCAAACAGCCGUACUAAAGUUUUUGGAUGAUUGUAUCGGUCGGUUCGGCAAAGCGCAAUACAAGUAUACAGAUCAAUUGGUUCAACUGGUAACGGCAGCGGAUCAGACUUAUUUGUUGGCCGUGGAGGAUCGCAAACGGACCCUGGCUACGUCGCUGAGUGCGACAUUACUCGGUGAAACGGAGGACAUGACGGACAUGGGAGCGUACACGCACCCUUUCAGCCCUUUGCUCUUGACCUUGUUUGAGAACCUGCGUUUUGUCAAAGACCAUAAACGUUCGGUAAUCGCUUUUCUUACCAAGCUGAUCGUACUGUUGCAAUCAAAACAAAAAGCACCCUAUUACCUAUUGGCCCUCUGCGACCGAUUGCGAGCAAUGGAGGACGAUGAGAUGGCCACUAGCAACUUGGAUCCGCAUGCGAUCCCUCAAUACAAAACAGCAGAGUUGAUACAUCAAGCAGAAAUGUGCUUAAAGCAGUGUCGUUUAUCGCCCGUGUCGUCUGCUAAGCGUAUCGAGACGGAUGCUGAGGCGAAUUUGGAAGCUCUCUUGAGUCAAAAUAAUGUUGAAGACGUUGCAGCCGCACAGCAACAGAUGGUGGAUAUACUGUCUGUGUUGCCCGUGUCGGCUUUGGACAAGCACCUCUUGUCGGUGGCGGAAAAUUGCCAGACCAAACUUGGUUGGACAAACUUUGAACCAUUGGUGGAGUAUCUUUCAGAACGUCAUCCAUUGGCAAGAUCGCUGUUUGAUUACAAGGAGAUUCAGGCCAUCGAGUCUUUGGACGAUGAUCAUAGUUGCAUGGUGCAUUUGAUGAAAUCCAUACCUUUUGCCACGCUGUUCCAUAAUGCCUGGAUCGACGACCGUUUUACGCCCGUGGUCGUGUCACUGUUAACGCACGCCAUCGAUACCAUGUCGCCCCGCCAGUUGAAGCAUUCGCUUUCCUGUUUGUUGGAACAUCUGGCGGUUGCCUUGCUUACCGAUACCUCCAUAUCCGCAUCUCUGUUGAAGGCUUGCUUCGAUCUGUUACGACACGGUUUGACCGUCAGCCAAGCCAAUGAUGAGCAUGCAUCCUGGCGAAAACUGCGCUCUCUUGUUUUUGAUCAUCCAAGUAUCAAGGAGAUAUUCGCCAUACUUUCGUCGUCUGUCCAACAAUUGGAGCACGGAACCCACGUGGAACGUCCUUUCGAUGCACUUUUCUUGAACCUUGCGCAUCAGUAUGUCGACCUGCUGGCCGACGCAGGCAACACCACGGUAUUGAUCGAAAGCCUGCUUACACUGGAUUACAAGGGUCUUCGAAAAGACGCUGGCCUCUUUGACGACGUUAGCAAAUUACUUGUUGCGCUUGUGUCUGAACUUCGUCGCCGAUCGGAUACGGAUGCCACUGCGACCCUGCCUCCGCAAACGUACGGCGUGAUUGCAGAGAUCUGGCAGUACCGUCAAGCAUCCAAUCGACUGAAUAACGAUGUGCUACCGUUGUUGGAAUACGGUUUCUCCAGAGACAAUGCCAACUUGGCGGAUCAUGCCGCUUCUCUUUCCGCCUUGCUGACGACGUGUGCGAAACCGAUUGUUCAGUAUAUGCUGGACGGUCACACCAGCUCGAUCAGUCUCGUAGCGCUUGCCGAGGCGUGCCAAAAAGCCAAUGUGGACGUAGCGGCCAUGGUGGAAAAGAAGAAACCGUUGCCCUUGACUCUUUCCGCUGUCGGUAUCGUGCGUUUAGGUUACGAUCUUUUAUCCGAACCGACUGAACGUGACCGGUACCUGCAAUCGACAUUUGAGCAUAUAUUGCAACAGUUGACGACGGAAAUGGACAGCAGUAAGAUGUCCGACAUGGAGGUGGUCGACGACGUGUAUACCGCGGUCUCGAAUCUCUUGGACCUCGAGUUCCAUUGGCGAUCUUUGGAUGCCGAAACUGUGCGUGAUUUCAUCUUGACGGCUCUGUUGGACAAUAUAAACAAUGCAAAAGCCAUGACGUUUGUCGGCGAUCUGGUGAAGGCAGUCUACCAAGAGUACACCAAAGUGGAACCGAUUGAAACCUAUCUUCGUCGUACGCUUGAACAUGAACAGUUCCAAACCUUGACUGCUUCAAGUCUUGAUGAGACAAAGGAGGUGGUUGUACCGUGCGACAGUGCGCACCGCGUGGCGAUUAUCCGAUUAGUCCACCUUCUUCACUUUAUUCAGCCUACCGUCUUGGCCGAGCAUUAUGGUCUGUUGGAUCCUAUCCUGACAAGCUACAGUGCGACCACGACGUUGUCCGACCGUCGUAUUUUGGAGAUUCUCAUGUCGACCGAGCGUCACGGACAAACGUCCAUUAUGGCAAAAAUGUUGCUAUGGGGUCCGGGAUCCGAUAAACAGCGACAAACCCUGGCACAAGCGGGUACUUUACUCCAAGCGUCGACGAUUUCGGUGGAAACGUUUGGCUUGAUCGAUCCUGGUUUGAUGAAAUAUACCUUUACCCAUUUCCCUGCGGACGCCAGCUUGAUCGUACAUGACGAUGCCGAGACGGUAGCCGACGAGACCCAAGUGGUGACAUACGACUACCGAUUCUUUCUGCCGUUGUUUGCCAACCUUAUUGCGAGCGGUGUGAUUGAUUGCCGAAAGUUCAUUGAAUGCAACGGGCUCGGGCUGGUACUGGUCGCGCUAUCAACCACGAAUGAAGACACCCGGAAAAUCGGAUAUCAGAUGAUGGACCAGUUCUAUGUCAUGCUCGAUACCGCUGCGUUUAGAGAAAAGGAUCAAAUUGUUUUCUUGUUGGAUGGGUUGCGAAAUUCGAUCACUAGCCGAUCGGAAGCACUGGUACCACCGAGAAUCCCGGCAGCAACGUGUAUUUGUGUUGCGCAUGCUUUAUCCGUGAUCCUUCACCCCGGUCACUACAUGGCGCCCCACGUUCUGAAAUGGUUAACACAGAGUUCAAGUUUCGAUUUGGAUUAUAUCCCCAUGUUUGCUCCCCUGUUUACGUCGUCGUCGUCGGGCCACAAGAGGGAACGGCUUUGGUUACUCAGAGUGUUAUCGUCGUCUAUGCGAACCUUUGAUGACUACCAGGUCUUUAAUCGCCAUCGUGUCUGGGAUGUCCUUGGCACCUUUUACAACUCGGUGGCGGCAGAUGACACGAGUAAAAAAGCGAUCAUCGAGAUCAUGUUGCAAGCAACCGGUAUCCCGGAUGUUGCUGUGGAACUGGUGAAACAAAACGGCUUAUUGGCAUGGAUUUAUCAAGUGUUGGCCCUGAGCGCAUCGUCGCAAGAGCGAGCAUCUUGGCAAACCAUCUUGAAACAAACCGAACUCGGUACGAAGAAAGCAAACUCCCGCCUGAGUAUCCGCUAGAAAAACUCCUCCAUCCCUACCUCCUUCUUUUUGUUAUCAUCAACUUCCAUCUAUUGCACCGUAGAAGAAAUAAAAAAAAUACAUAUAUUUGCAUGACAUCAAAUCCACUCA